UUUAUGAAGAAAUUAAGGAAUCUAAAGCAAAGUACAACCACAAAAGCUAAAAGAGCAUAUGGAGAGGAUGCCACUGAGGUUACUGAAGAUAUAUCGGCAUCAGACUUAGAAGCAAAAAAGCAAGAAUUCCUUAACAAACAUGUAUGCGUCUCUUCAACCCAGAUAGCAAAGAUCCAGAGUUCCACUUCCAAACAAUCUUCAUCAGGUCUGUGGCAUUCUGAGAGAAGAAUACGAUUAACUGCCUCUAAUUUUGGAAAAGUUUAUCGGCGUAGACCAUCUAUCCCAGUUAAAAACUUGGUGAAAUCUCUUCUGUAUUCUAAUUUUAAAGGAAAUAGACAUACUAGAAAUGGACUUCUACAGGAAAGAUCUACUAUAGAGGAAUACAAACUCAGAAAAGCUGAAGAGAAUGAGAAUGUGAUAGUGAAGGACUCAGGAUUGGUAAUUGAUCAUAACAACAACUUCCUAGCAGCAAGUCCUGAUGGUUUUGUGUAUACCUCUGAUGGAAAGAAGGGCCUUAUAGAGAUAAAGAACCUCGUUCAUAAUAAGCCUUUAAAUCUUUUUGAAGCUGCAGACAAAAUAAGGUCAUUUUGUUUGCAGUAUAGAAAUGGAAAAUUAUCCUUAAAGGAGAAUCACGAUUAUUACUAUCAAUGUCAAGGGCUUAUGAACAUUUGUGGAACAGAGUGGAUAGACUUUGUGGUUCGCACUCUGAAUCCCUACCAUCUUUUCAUUGAGAGAAUAUACAGGAAUGAGGAUCUUUGGAACAUAAUGCUGCCAAAGCUCAAAGAUUUUUAUCACACAUCAUUGUUACCUGAAUUAGCUUCUCCUCGGGAAGGGAAAAGUCCAGGCAUAAGGGAACCUGGGGUUUGGUAUUCACCCCCCAAUACAAGGGUGGCUGUUAGAAAAACACGAGGUGGUAGGAUGCUGACGGAUCCUUUAUCAAGGAAAAGCAGAAAUAAAAGAAAAAAGAAAGACUAAGAAUGGAAGAGGAUUUUUUUCAAGACUUUAAUUAUUAAAGGUCAGUAGUUUCUUAAAGAAAGUUUGUAUGAUACUGGUAUCAUAAAAUCUGAAUUCUGCAACUCAUUACAAAGAUUUUGAUGUGCAGAUGAUGUAUGACUCUUAAAAUAGUCAACCAAUUUAAGAUA